CAGCAGCGGCAGCGGCAGCGGCAGUAACGUCCUCAUCGGGAGCAUCAUCAGGACCAGGGACUGUGUCACCAGCAGCUGCAGUAGCAGCGGCAGCGGCGCGGAUGGCAGGGUUGGUCUCGACGUCACAAUCAGGGACAGGGACAGGGACACCGACAUCGAGUGGACCCAAAACGGUGGAAGAGCAGCUUCAACAGCAGAUUGCAGAACAUCAUGAUAGCGUGCGGACGGGGAUGGCGAUGGAGUUGCAGGCGACACAUAGGAACUUGAGGAGACCGGAUUAUCGGACCCCGUUCUCAUCGUUACAGGAUGCGAUCGAGAGGUUAUUACCCUUUCAUGUGUUCCAGUAUCCGACACAGGAUAUUGAUGCCCAAGCCAGGGCCUUUAAUAACCGAUCGGAAGUGGAGCUGAAUGCGAGAGCAUUAUUGAUUCAUAGACGCAAGGAUGCGCUGUAUACCAAAUACAACCGUCUUAUCAAGACCAUCGCCACAAAAUCAACAGCGACCAAUUCAUCCAGCGGCCUCGACAUCCUGGCAUUGCGCCUGGGUUUGGACGACGAACGGGAAGAGCACAAGAGGGUAUCGGACCAAAAGGAAGUCGUGCAAUCUCAAGCGAAGGCCCUGCGCGAGCAACUGGAAUUACAUCAAGUACAAUUACUCCAGCAACGGAAGGCCGAGGCCGCGAUGAUUGAACAGCAACAGCGGUUGAUGCUGGAACGGUUACGACAGGAGGAGCAGGAGAAACAGCAGAUGAUGGCUCAGAUCCGACAGAUGCAGGAGUUGCAGCAACAGCAACAGCUGCAAGAACAACAACAACAGCAUCAGCAGCAGCAGCAGCAAGAGAUGCAGACGCAACAGGGUGUGAAGUUAACGGAGGAAGAGGAGGAGCAGAAGAGGAGGGAGAUAGAGAGGAAGGAAUUGGAGAGACAGCAUCAGUUGGAGCUGGAGAAGCAGAUGAGGUUUAAGCAAGAGUUACUCCAAGAGGAGGAGGCCGCACGGAGGGCUAGUGCGGCCUCGAGUUCGAGUUCGACACCUGCACCUAAUACACCCUCUGCUUCAUGAAAUAUAAGGCUACUUUGAUAAUCGUGCACAUGUGUU